GCCGUCAACUGGAAUGCGUGUAACAUGUUGAGUCAUCCAGAGUGACAGCCGGUAGUCAAAAUAUGGUCCAGUCUUGGUAAACGUGGCAUUUUGAGACAAAGGCGAUAGACCCUUCGUAGGCAAGGCAAUUGAAGUUGCCUCGGUGAACUAUACACUAAGUUUUCAGUAUUUUCUAAGAUAUUUCCAUUCAACUAUCUUCGCAACAUCUCGCGUUAUCUUUGGGAAACGAUCUCGUUAACAGUAGCUGCAACGACAGCUUGGCUAAGGCGACUCAACAUAGCUACUAGUUUUGACUGAUUCACUUUCAAUCUCCAACGUUAGCUGUCGACGCCUCCGCAUUCGACUCUGGCAAGCGACUUAACACAUUCGCAAUCAUCUCCUGCGUCAACAGGAUCACUAUAGCGCCUCAAUGAAGACGCAAACAGGAAAAACGAAGCUUGUCUUUCUAUUCGGAGAUCAAGUUGAUUCUUGGCAUAAUGGGCUUGACCACGUCUACAAAGUGGCUGGCUCAACGCCGUGGCUGCAGUCAUAUUUGGACGAUUUAAGCAAGGCAAUGAGUACAGAAAUCAGAAUUGCCACGCUCGAUCCCGCACUUCAGGCCAGCGUAGGUGCUUUUUCGAGUCUGCAGGAACUAGGCGAGAGGUACCGCCAUACCUCGGACGAUUUGGGCAUGGCGCAAUGCCUCCUGUUACACGCAGUCAGAUCCUCACUUUUGCUUCAAAUGGUCAAGCAACAACCACAUAUUCUCUGGCCUGAAUCGACAAAUGAGUGGCUUGGCAUAUCUGGUGGCUUGCUAAGUCUAUCGUCAUGGGUUAUUUCUGAGGAUUUCGAUACUCUGCGCGAAGCGUCUCUUGAAGUAGGCCGCUUGUUUGUGAGGCUAUGCAAAUUGGUGUCAGUUCGAUCAAGAGCGGUCGAAGAUAACACCGGCGUUUGGGGCUGGGCAGUUGUAGGUAUCUCGAAAGACGAUCUCCGGAAGAUUCUCGGUCAGUUUCAGCAAAGUAUGGGCAUCCCCACCGUAAAACAAGCUCGAGUUGGUGUUACAGGUGCUGGCUGGAGUACUGUUAUCGGACCUCCAUCAGUUCUGGAACUGUGCAUAAAGCAAUGUCCUACCCUCAAAAAUGCGACAAAAAAUCCGCUCAACAUCCACGCCCUGCAGCACACCUUGACGAUAACACGGGCGGAUCUCGAUUACAUCAUUGGAGGUAACUCUCGUCUAACAGAACGUACGCUUUGCCAGUCAGGCCCCCACAUCUGGGGUAUGGACGAUCCUGGAGCUGAGUAUCAAAACUGGGGAGAGAUGUUAAGAGCGGUCUGUUUACAAGUACUUUCCCUUCCAUUAGAUAUUCCAGAAGCUGUAGCAAAGCUCAAUGCUACACUCAAAGGAUAUGACUCAGUCCGAGUUGUUCAAAUGGACAACACUAGUCACGGUCCCUUCAUGGCCAAUGCUCUGAAGGCAUCAGGAUGUAAGGUGACUAUCACGGAGGCGCACGCUUACCUCCAAGAGAAAAUUCAAGAUUCACCACAGCCACAACUGAGCGGCCGGAUAGCCAUUGUGGGUAUGUCCGGACGUGGCCCACGAAGCGACAAUAUUGAUGAGUUUUGGGAUGUUAUCAUGAAUAAGCAAGAUACGUGCACUGAAGUUCCCAAAGACCGCUUCGAUAUCGAAGAGUUCUACUGUGAAGAACAUGGAAGAGGUAACAAGGGUUGCACAAUGACCACUAGAUAUGGUUGUUUUAUGGACAAACCGGGCCACUUCGACGCUCGCUUCUUCCAUAUUUCACCCAGAGAAGCAAUGCUCAUGGAUCCGGGGCAUCGACACUUUCUGAUGAGUAGCUACGAAGCGCUAGAAAUGGCCGGUUACUCCAACGGACGGACCAAGUCGACGGACCCAAAUCGAAUCGCUGCUUUCUAUGGUCAGGUUACUGAUGACUGGCAUGACCAAAGCCACCCGACAAUAGGCUGCGAUGCGUAUACUCUUCAGGGAGUUCAGCGUGCGUUUAGUUCCGGGCGGCUCGCAUGGCAAUUCAAGUGGGAGGGCCCAACGUAUUCAAUAGAUUCUGCAUGUGCAUCUACGACCACAGCAAUUCACUUGGCCUGCAUGAGCUUGCUGUCCAAUGAUAUCGACAUGGCUGUCGCAGGUGCCAGUAAUAUCUUGAACUAUCCCCAUUCUUUCGCCUGUCUCAGUAAGUCAGGGGUGUUGUCAGACACUGGUAAUUGUAAGCCAUAUCGAGAUGACGCUGACGGCUACUGUCGUGCCGAUUUCGUGGGCUCCAUCGUGCUCAAGCGCCUUGAGGAUGCAGUUGCUGAAAAUGACAAUAUCCUGGCCGUCAUAGCGUCGUCUGGAAGAAAUCAUUCGGGCAACUCAACAUCUAUCACGUCUUCGGAUCCUGGUGCUCAGGAAAGGCUGUUCCGCAAAAUUCUGCGGAAUGCAAACGUCUCUCCGGAUGAUAUCUCUUAUGUAGAAAUGCAUGGCACAGGAACACCUGUGGGAGACCCAGCCGAGAUGAGUGCUGUAGGCAACGUGUUCAAGCACAGGCGGCGAGCUGACGGACCACUUCCGGUCGGAGCUGUCAAAGCUAAUUUCGGCCACAGCGAAGGAGCUGCCGGAAUGGCUUCCCUUCUCAAAUGUAUCAUGAUGUUCAAAACGGACACAAUACCUCCACAAGCCGGCAUGCCGCAUGCCCUCAAUCCUAAUUUUCCGCCGUUGUCUGAGCUGAACAUUGAGAUCCCUGCGGAGCCAAAGGAGUUCAAAAAAAAACCUGGCUCUGGAGAGCCAAGACGUAUUCUUCUCAACAACUUCGAUGCAGCUGGUGGGAAUGCGUGCCUACUUCUCGAAGAGUGGGAAGAUGGCCGCACCGCCGUGAUGGAGGAGCAGCAUGUAGCGGAUCCUCGUUCUAGCUAUGUUGUUGCUGUAUCUUCCAGAACGCAUGCGGCACAUAAAGCGAACAGGCGUAACUUUCUCGAGUGGCUUCGCGCAAACACAACACUCCGGCUUGCUGAUAUUGCCUAUACUACUACUGCUAGAAGGAUGCAUCACUCUAUCAGGUCUGCCUACACUGCAUCUACGGUACAAGAACUCGUCUCCAAACUUGAAGCUUCCAUUCAAGGUCCGGACUCGGAAUCAUCCUCCUCGUCAUCACAUACCCCAAUCGUGUUCGUUUUCACUGGACAGGGAGCCCACUAUUCUGGCAUGGGUAAAGAGCUGUAUCACACCAGUCCCACAUUCCGUGAGACAGUCGAUCUUUGUGCACGGAUUUGCGAAGAAUAUGGUUUCCCGACAUUCAUCGAUAUCAUUACUGACGAGAAAAGUGUUGACAACCCGUCACAAUCUACACUCCGAACACAUCUAGCUGUUCUGACGCUGGAGAUUGGUCUCGCCGCUUUCUGGAAAGCGGCUGGUAUACAACCUUCCAUGGUAAUUGGACAUUCACUAGGCGAGUAUGCUGGUCUAUAUGUUGCCGGAGUGCUCUCGCUCGCAGAUGUGCUAUAUCUUGUUGGCCGACGAGCGACUCUGCUUCUUGAGAGAUGCGAAACAGAUACAUUCUCCAUGCUGGCUAUAGCCAUGUCUGCAAAGGAUGCGCAGCAACUCUUAGAAUCGACCACGGACUUUUCGUCAUGCAGAAUAUCGUGCGUCAACAGUCCAACUUCUAUAGUGAUUAGCGGCACAACCCAUGAUAUCACCAAGCUUAAGUCUAGCGUAACUAUAACUUCAAAGAUUCUUCCUGUGCCUUAUGGCUUUCACUCAUUCCAGAUGGACUCUGUGGUGUCUGAAUAUAGCACUCUCGCAGAGGGUGUGACUUUCUUUGAGCCAAAGAUCCCAGUUGCUUCUACCUUGCUCGGCUCUGUCGUGGAAACGAGCGGUACAUUUAGCAGCGGCUAUCUAGCACAACAAACGCGCCAGCCAGUGGACUUCAUUGGUGGCCUAAAUGCUAUCAAGGAAAGGAUUGCUGACCCCGUCUGGCUUGAACUUGGGCCUAGUCAAGUCUGCACUUCCUUUGUGCGAGCAACAGUGUUUCCUUCUUCUCCUGUCGCGAGGACGAUUUCGACCCUCGACGGACCGAACCGUGACUGGGUUUCAAUUUCUAAGUGCAUGGCGUCACUGUACACCCUUGGCAUCGACAUCGACUGGCUUGCACUCCAUGCACCUUUCACCGGCUCCUUGAAGAUGUUGACUACGCCAGCAUAUGCAUGGGAUACGAAGAAUUUCUGGAUUACCUAUGCGGAGGCCCAAUCCGUGCAAGCUGGUGCACCCCCAACAGCUAAGGGGUCGAAAGAACCAGUCAUUUCAACCUUUGCGCAGGAGGUCGCUCAUGAAUCUUCCAUGGCUUCAGGUCAAAUAGAGGUAACUUUCCGUGCCUCACUUGCGGAUGAGAGCUUGUGGGCAGUUAUACAAGGACACCGUAUGGAACAGAUGGCAAUUUGUCCAGGAAGCGCUUUCUGUGAGGCUGCCUUCGCUGCUGCUUCUUAUGUCCUCAAGUCACGGGGCAGAAAGGAAGAUGCAAGCGUUACGAGGUUGGGGCUUCGAAACCCGGCUAUGCGACGGCCGUUAACCAAAAAUCUCGUCGGGUCUGGUGGAGAGCUCCUUACCACAGUCACAAUGAAGAACAAGGACAGCAAUGAUAUCAACAUCUCGUGGAAAGCGGCUACCUCUGGCAAGAAUUCUCCAAUGUUCGAGCUGGGUACGUGCUCUUUGGUGGUCUGCGAAAAUAUUGAGACUCUACAAACAAGUUGGGACCGAAUCUCCUACCUUAUCAAAGAUAGAAUGGACGGUAUAAUCAAAGCGGCAAAAGAUGGGGAUGGCCACCGGCUCAAGCAUGACAUCUUUUAUUCGCUCUUUGCGCAGACUGUGCAAUACGACCCCCUUUACAAGUGUAUCAAGGAGGCAUACGUGUCGGGCGACUUCUGUGAAGCUGUUGCUGAAGUUGUUCUUCAAGAAAACCCUGCAGGUGCCAAGUUCAUGGCCUCACCAUACUGGGGUGAGGGUAUUAUCCACCUUGCGGGCUUUACAGCCAAUGCCAACCACACGAGGAGCCCUAACACAUCUUUCAUCAAUUCCGGCUUUGAAAGCUUUGAGCAAACGGUAGAGUUUGAGGCUGGGAUGUCGUAUUUUACGUAUGUCCGCGUCCACCGAAAAGAACAGGGAAACAGGGUUUACCAAGUAUUCGUCUUCGACUCGCAAAGCAAGUUGGUAGCCCAGUGUUGCAACCUAAACUUUGUGGAAAUUAGCAACAGUGUAUUGCAGCACAACCUCUCUGGCGGAGCAGUCCAGUCGACUAACCAGCAUAAUGGCCGUAACACCAGCCAUGACACUUAUAAUAAGGCUCCUGAGCGGGAGCAAACGGCAUCACUGGCCCCUACUUCGGUAAAGGUUGAACAGCUAUCCAAAGCGAACUUGAUACAAUCGGACGCCGCACCGGGUUUAUUUGAAGUUUUAGUAGAUACCAUUGUUUCAGAGACGGGCAUUGAUGCAUCUGAAUUGACCGAUGAUACGAUGGUGGCUGAACUUGGCGUUGAUUCCAUCAUGUCGAUUGAGAUUGCCAACAAGAUCUCCAAUGCGACAGGUCAGCCCAUGACACCAAUGUUUUUGCAGGAAUAUCCUACAAUCGGCGACUUGCGGCGUGCAUACGAAGUCUUACCGCCGGCUACACCCGAGUCUGGGGCUGAAUCAACGGAGUACGAUCUGAUUGAAGACAUAAUGUCGGAGGAGUCUACACAAUUGCAGAACCAGGCCGAAGAUUCGUCUGCAGUAGAGAUUAUUGAUAUGCCUACGACCAAGAAGACAGUCACGAUCCAACAACAGUCGAUUGUCGACGAUGGUUCCACUGAGCCUACUGUCAGAUUUACUUUGCUACAUGGUUACGGUACUAAGCGUAGUAAAGGAAAGCAAGUUUCAUCAGCCCCAUUCUACUUGCUGGCCGAUGGCACGGGUUCAAUCGCCACGUACCUCCAUCUUCCCCCGCACAUCAAGACCAAGAUGGCCAUCUACGGAGUCGACUCCCCAUAUCUUCAAUGUCCGAGCAGGCUUACGCCGGAAAUUGGCAUCCCGGGGGUUGCUAAACUCAUAGUCGAUGCGUUGGUCAAGAGGCAACCCAAGGGAGUUCCGUUUUGGCUCGGAGGAUUUUCAGGAGGAGCCAUGAUUGCUUACGAAGUUUCCCGCCAGCUAUCUGCUGCCGGUCAUAUUGUCGAUAGUCUCCUCCUCAUUGACAUGUGUCCUCCGCGUCAAAUAAAACCACAAGGGUACGAUGAUGAGCUUGGUUUGGCAAUGUUCAAUGCCAUUUCCGGGAGAGAUGAUAGCGGUGUUUGGGAUUCGUCUGACAAGACAAAUCAACAUUUGAGGGCGUUGUUUGCUUCUGUCGGCGCAUACAAUCCAUCUCCUCUAGCUAAUGGCGAGAAUCCUCCCGCGAAACGCACAGCUCUCAUUUGGGCACAAAAGGGUAUGAUCGACCGGUGUUCUAAUAGCCCCCAGUUUAACAAGAUCUUGGCGGACCAUGGGGUAGUCACAACAGCUUAUCCAAGGUUCAUGGAAGACCCCAAGCUAGGGGCUGUUGCAUGGAGUUUAAUACACAAGACUGAGGCGGACCUUGGCUCAAACGGCUGGGAUAAGUUCGUGGGAAACGACCGUUUGUUGUGCAUGGCCGUUGAAGCGGAUCACUUGGAGCUACCUACUCCUGACUUUGUGCACCUGCUUGGCGAAGCAAUGGACAAAGCCUUUGAGUACUUCAAGCAGUAAUCCUCUUCACGAAUAGAUUGUAUCAUUAAUUUGUGGAUUUGCAGAUCCUCGCAGGUUUAAGAAGUGCCGUGGGUUGAGUUUACUCCUUUCAAGCAUUAUAUAUUUUCCCCGAACAGUACAUGUUCUACAAGUUACAUAAAACAUUUAACCAUCUAAAAGAUUGUGCUGCCUGAAGUAAGAACACUUUAAACAAAUAUCGACGUGAUUCUCGAACAAAG